AUGGCAGAGGCAGAUUCCCAACCACUACCAGAAGAACUCUCGGAUGCGGACAUCGGAGCCGCAGAGGAGGCUGCAAGGGAAGUUGCAAAGAUACUCCCCUCGAUAGACAAUGCAAAGAUACUCAGGGGGGAAACAUACAUCUACCACUCCCCAAUCCCCAAAUCCAUUCAGGAAGACCCCGAAGGCGAGGUAAUCCUCGGCGUAGACGAAGCCGGCCGUGGUCCGGUCCUGGGCCCAAUGGUAUACGCCGUAGCAUACUGUCUAAAAAGCGACAGUCCCAUGCUGCAAGAGCACAAAUUCGAUGGUUCCUCUUCCCCCCCCCCUCGCAGUCAAAACCAACCAACUAACCCGAACCCUCCCACAGACUCCAAAAAAUUAACCCAUACCUUCCGCACCAACCUCCUCCAAACCCUCACCACGCCGGACACAACCCUGCACCGCGACCUCGGCUGGUCCACCAACUCCCUCUCGCCCCGAGACAUCUCCUCCGGCAUGUUACGCUCAACCACCUCGUCGAGCACCUACAACCUAAACGCGCAAGCCUUUGACGCAACCACAACCCUAAUCACGGCCGUCCUCGCCAGCGGCGUCAACGUUCGGGAAAUCUACGUGGACACAGUCGGCCCCGCAACCACCUACCAGUCCAAACUGAAGAAGCUCUUCCCGAGCAUCGCCAUCACCGUUUCGAAGAAGGCGGACUCGAUAUACCCGAUCGUGUCAGCGGCCAGCGUCUGCGCCAAAGUUACGCGCGACGCGGCGAUUGGGGUGCUCAUGCCGGAGGGCGAGGAGAUUGGGAGCGGGUAUCCGGGGGAUGAGAAGACGAAGGGGUGGCUGAAGAGGGGGAUGGAGCCGGUUUUUGGCUGGGAGGUUAGCAUGGCGAGGUUUUCCUGGGCGACGGCGAAGGAUAUGCUUGAGGGUGGGGGGAAGAAUAGUGGGGGGGGGAAGGGGGGUGGAGUUGAGGUGGUCUGGCCCGUGGAGGAGGAUGACGGGGAGCAGACCCUUACUGGACUCUGGGGGGCCGCAGCCGGGGGGGAAGGGAGUCGCGGGGUGGUAUGGGAGGAGUGUGCAUGGGGAGUUUUAGCCGGGUACGGUGCCUAUUGCCACCGCUAUGCAUCCCCCUCCCCUUUGCUUUGUGCUUGCAGGUGGGAAGGCAUUUGAAGGCAUAA